CUCUGCAUCAUUGAUCAUUCGUGCACCUGAGCACGAGGCUCUCGCCGGGAGUGGCUGAGAUGAGGGGGAGAUCUGCAGGCGCCAUGAGAUCUGAGAUGGGGAGCCCAGAUCGGGUAAUUAGUGAGCAGAAUGGGGAGUGGUGCGUCGAUUUCACCGUCUGACUCUGGUCCGCCCUCGCCUGCCACGCCCGCCUGUACUAGUAUGCACUCGUAAUGUCCAACUUCACCACCCUCGACGCUACGCCAGACACUCUUUCCGCCGAGCCUCCAGAACAGGACGUCAAGGCCGAACCGCAAAUUGACGCUCUCGCCAGUUCCGAGGCUCAGCCGGCGACAAGCCCCAGCGCUGGCAGUGGCAAGGACGCCUCCCCGAGCGCGGUCCACCACUGCAGGAGGUGCGGUGAACAUGUCAAGUCCGUUCAGUUCCACCAGAGGACGGUGCACCAGAAGCGAUGUGUCGUCGUAUUCCCCGACGGUACCAAGGAAACUCUCAUAAGGCCUGCGGACGGCGAGCGGUUCACUUGUAGUAAAUGCUCAUACGGGCAUAGAGAUCCCCAAUAUCUCCAGAUACAUGCUCGACAAAAAUGCAGUGGCCAGCCUCCUGAGGGCGGUCUCAAACCAGAGACACCUCGCCGACCUUUAGAGACGACGGGAACCGACCAAUCGGCAAUAGUCAAACAAGAGACGGCCUCGGACGCUUCAUCUGCCCCUCGGGCUAAGGCUGAUGGCAAGAGUCGACCUCGAUUGGAGAUGCCCAGCAUCGAGACGAUCGACCGGCCCCGCUCGACGUCUGCAUCCCCGUCAUUAUCCGAGUUGCAGCUCGAGUUGACGGAAGACGUUGACCCGUCAACCCCGGGGUACAGCGCAUCGGCCGUCUCUUCUGCUGCACGGUCGCGCCGUGUCGCAGACGUCUCGAUGGACGUGGACUCGCCGGAGCCUUCCCCGUCUCAUACGGCACCCUCGGUCUUGGCGUCGAUUCAGACCCAGUCCCCUUCUCCGGAUCCGAUAUUGGCCUUUAAGAAAGCCCCCAUGACGGGAGGAUCGAAUUCUGCAUCACCCAUGGAUGCUGAAGGGACAUCUCGCUCAAGCUCAUACGGUGGCCUGACGGUGGAGACGAACCACCCCUCCGCCGAGCGCCUGAUAUCCCAGCAGCCCACACCGACCACAAGCAUCCCUCCGAGCCCCCUACUCCCACAGACCUCAGAGGACAUCACAGGUCGUUUCGCGCUCGUCCCCGCCUUCCCCUCACAGUCGCGGGGCGCCACUGCGGCUCCUCCAGCCUUGCACCCCACGCCUGCGCUCGGCGCACCGGGCCCGGGACCAACGUCCUCCUGCCGCACGCCGUCGCACGCCGUCGACGCCUUCCUCCGCGGGCUAUCCCGCACGACACCGCCCCCGCCGCACGUCGCGCGCGCGUUCUUCGAGCUCGGGUACGACACCGACGAGCUCCUCGAUGCGCUCGCGUGGGGGAGCCCGGGCGAGGGCGACUGGGACCUGUUGGAGAAGGAGAUCGUCGUCGAGAAGCGCUUCCACGCGUGGUGGAUCUUGGUUAAAAAUGGGUUGAAGGCGCGGGCGAACAGGUGA